CUGAGGAUGGAGAACCGGCCUGGGUCUUUCCAGUACGUCCCUGUGCAGCUGCAAGGGGGGGCGCCAUGGGGCUUUACCCUUAAGGGGGGUCUGGAACACUGCGAGCCGCUCACAGUGUCUAAGAUUGAAGAUGGAGGCAAGGCAGCUUUGUCCCAGAAGAUGAGGACUGGUGAUGAGCUGGUGAAUAUCAAUGGCACUCCAUUGUAUGGCUCCCGCCAGGAGGCCCUCAUUCUCAUCAAAGGCUCCUUCCGGAUCCUCAAGCUGAUUGUCAGGAGGAGGAACGCCCCUGUCAGUAGGCCGCACUCAUGGCAUGUGGCCAAGCUGCUGGAGGGAUGCCCUGAAGCGGCCACCACCAUGCAUUUCCCUUCUGAAGCCUUCAGCUUGUCCUGGCAUUCCGGCUGCAACACAAGUGACGUGUGUGUGCAGUGGUGUCCACUCUCCCGGCACUGCAGCACCGAGAAAAGCAGUUCCAUUGGCAGCAUGGAGAGCCUGGAGCAACCAGGCCAAGCCACCUAUGAGGGACACCUCUUGCCCAUUGACCAGAACAUGUACCCCAACCAGCGUGACUCAGCCUACAGUUCCUUCUCAGCCAGCUCAAAUGCCUCUGACUGUGCCCUUUCCCUCAGACCAGAGGAUCCAGCCUCUGCAGACUGUAUUGUGCAAGGCCCAGGGCCAGCCAAGGCCCCCAAUGGCCGGCCUAAUGUGGCUGAGACCUCAGGAGGUAGCCAGUGCACCAACGGCAGCCACCUGACCACCGGCUCCCAGACGUCAUCCCUCCCACAGGAGAGCCAACACGCAGGGCCUGCCAAGGUGGUCAGGGGCCCACCACCACCUCCAGUGAGGCGGGACAGCCUUCAGGCUUCCAGAGCCCAAUUCCUUAAUGGAGAACAGUACAGGGCAUCCGAGCCUAUGGACCCCCUGCAACAGAAGGAGAAACUCAGAGUAGAGACAGUGCUAUCUCCAAGGAACCCCAAGAGGCUCUGCUGCCUCGGUGGACAAGAUCAAGUGACAAGUGAGGGCCAUCAGAACUGUGAGCUCAGCCAACCUCCUGAAUGCAGCCAGCAGGGCUCUGAGCAUCUACUGAUGCAGGCCUCAACCAAAGCCAUUGGAUCCCCCAAAGCGUGUGACAAAGCUUUUAGCAUGGAUUCCAGCCCACUCAAUGAGGCUUCAGCAGAGCUACCUAAGGCUUCUUUUGGCAGCCCUCCACACCUCACAGGACUCACAGCGCAUCGCCAUAGUGCCCCUGAACAGCUGCUGGCAUCCCACCUGCAGCAUGUGCACCUUGAUACCAGGGGCAACAAGAGGAUGGAGCUCCCAGCUGGGCAGGAUGGGCACCAGUGGACUCUGUCCCCUUUGCACAGCAGCCACAAAGGGAAGAAAAGUCCAUGUCCCGCUACAGAAGGAACCCAGGACCAUCCCAGCAAAGAAAGAAAGACCAGGCCAGUGGAUGAUAGGCCUUUGGGUUCAGGACACCAGAGCCAAAGCAGUUCCCCACAUGGAGAGGCUGAUGGACACCCUCCAGAAAGAAGUUUACUGGACCCAAACAGAGCAAGCAGAGCAGGCAGUGAAUUGGCCAGCCAGCAGCCCUCUGCCUCUGGCUCCCUUGUCCACCAAGCUAAGGACUAUUCUUCAACCACUAAGGUAGCCAGCGGCACAGAGUCAACUGAAGAAGGAGACAAUGAGCCCAAGGAGUGUGGCCGGAUGGGUGGUAAGCGAAGCGGAGGGACCCGGGGCCGCUCAAUCCAAAACCGGCGGAAGAGUGAGCGUUUUGCCACUAAUUUGCGUAAUGAAAUUCAGAGGAGGAAAGCCCAGCUCCAGAAAAGCAAGGGUCCCUUGUCACAGCUGUGUGACACUAGGGAGCAGGUGGAAGAUACCCAGGAGCCCCUAGAAAGCCCUCCACUCCCUUCCUCUAAUUCAUCUCUUCUAUCUUCAUAUAAAAAACCCCCUAGCCCCAGAGACAAGCUUGUCAACAAAAGCAUGAUACUCAGGGCUAGGUCGUCUGAGUGCCUCAGCCAAACCCCUGAGAUCCAUGAAUCUAGGACAGGCUUGGAGGGACAAAUAAGCCCUGGCCAGAAGCCUAGCCAGUCCUCUUUGGGCCUAAACACCUGGUGGAAAGCAUCUGACCCAUCCUUCUCAGACUCCGAGAAAGCAAGUGCUCCCCGUGGAGUCCGUGGAGGUCACUGGAGAUGGUCUCCAGAGCAUAACCCACAGCCACAUGUGGCACUAGCCAUGGAAGGCCCUUCCAGCCCAGGUGACAACAAGGAAUUGAAGGCUUCUACUGCCCAAGCUGGGGAGGAAGCCAUCCUCUUGCCCUUCGCAGACAGAAGAAAGUUCUUUGAAGAGAGUAGCAAAUCCUUAUCUAUGUCCCAUUUGCCAGGUUUAACCACUUAUAAUAACAAGGCUUUUACCCAGAGACUAAAACCUAUAGACCAAAAUUUCCAGCCAGUGAGCUCCAGCUAUAGGGAAUUGAGGCGCCAUCCCAUGGACCAAUCAUAUCAUUCCACAGACCAACCAUGUCAUGCUACAGACCAAUCAUAUCAUUCCAUGUCACCCCAUCAGUCGGAAACUCCCACUUACUCUGAAUGCUUUGUGAGCAAAGGUCUAGAAAAUUCCAUGUGCUGUAAGCCACUGCACUGUGGUGAUUUUGAUUACCACAGGACCUGCUCUUACUCCUGCAACGUACAGGGAACUAUAGUCCAUGACCCUUGCAUUUAUUGUUCUGGGGAAAUCUGCCCUGCCCUGCUAAAGAGAAAUAUGAUGCCAAACUGCUACAACUGCCGGUGCCACCACCACCAAUGCAUUCGGUGUUCAGCUUGCUAUCAUAAUCCUCAGCACGGUAACCUCGAGGACAGCAACUUGGCACCUGGCAGCACUUGGAAACCCAGGAAGCCGACAGUGCAGGAAUUUCCUGGGGACAAAUGGAAACCAAUAACAGGAAACAGGAAGACCAGCCAGUCAGGAAGAGAAAUGGCUCAUUCUAAGGCUAGCUUUUCAUGGACAACCCCCUUCCAUCCUUGCCUUGAGAACCCAGUGCCGGACUUGUCAAGCUACCGAGCAAUUUCUUCUCUUGAUCUCCUUGGAGACUUCAAACAGGCCUUGAAAAAGACAGAGGAAACCUCAAUGUAUGAGGAGGAGAGCUCCCUUGCCUCCAUGUCCCGCCCACUGCGUAGCCGUGCCUUCUCAGAGAGUCACAUUAGCCUGGAGCCCCAGAGCACCCGGGCCUGGGGGCAGCAUAGGAGGGAGCUGUUUACCAAAGGGGAUGAGACCCAACCGGAUACUCUCGGAGCCAGGAAAAAGGCCUUUCCUCCUCCUCGCCCUCCUCCUCCCAACUGGGAGAAGUACAGGCUCUUCCGUGCAGCCCAGCAGCAGAAGCAACAACAGCAGAAGCAGCAACAGCAGCAGCAGCAGCAGCAGCAGCAGCAGGAGAAGGAGGAGGAAGAGGAAGAAGAGGAGGAAGAAGAUGAAGAGGGAGAAGAGGAGGAGCUGCCACCCCAGUAUUUCAGUUCAGAAACCACUGCUUCCUGUGCCCUCAAUCCUGAAGAGGUCCUGGAGCAGCCACAACCCCUGAGCCUUGGCCACCUGGAGGGCUCAAGGCAGGGUUCACAAAGCCUUCCAGCAGAGCAAGAGUCGUUUGCUCUCCAUUCUAGUGAUUUCCUGCCCCCAGUAAGGGGCCACUUGGGAUCUCAACCUGAGCAGGCUCAGCCCCCUUGUUAUUAUGGCAUUGGUGGGCUUUGGAGGACAUCAGAGCAGGAGGCAACUGAUUCCCCCAAACAAGAGUUUCAGCACUUCUCACCUCCUCCAGGGGCCUCAGGAAUCCCUACCUCUUACUCAGCUUAUUACAGUAUUUCUGCGGCCAAGGCAGAGUUGCUGAACAAAUUGAAAGACCAACCCGAGAUGGCAGAGAUUGGCCUGGGAGAGGAAGAAGUUGACCAUGAACUGGCUCAAAAAAAGAUACAACUUAUUGAAAGCAUUGGCAGAAAACUUUCUGUCCUACGGGAGGCCCAGCGAGGGCUGCUAGAGGACAUCAAUGCCAAUUCCACCCUUGGGGAGGAGGUGGAGGCCAACUUAAAAGCCAUCUGCAAAUCCAAUGAAUUUGAGAAAUACCGUUUGUUUAUUGGGGACCUGGACAAAGUGGUCAACCUGUUGCUGUCACUCUCUGGACGACUGGCCCGGGUGGAGAAUGCUCUCAAUAGCAUUGAUUCAGAGGCCAACCAGGAGAAGUUGGUGCUGAUAGAGAAGAAGCAGCAGCUGACAGGGCAGCUGGCAGAUGCCAAGGAGCUGAAGGAGCACGUGGACCGCCGGGAGAAGUUGGUGUUUGGCAUGGUCUCCCGCUACCUGCCUCAGGACCAGCUCCAAGAUUACCAGCACUUUGUCAAGAUGAAAUCUGCUCUCAUCAUUGAACAGCGAGAGCUGGAGGAGAAGAUCAAGCUCGGGGAAGAGCAGCUCAAAUGUCUCAGGGAGAGUCUACUCCUGGGGCCCAGCAAUUUCUAA